AUGAACGGGGAAGCCAUCUGCAGCGCACUGCCCACCAUUCCCUACCACAAGCUCGCUGACCUGCGCUACCUGAGCCGCGGCGCCUCGGGCACCGUGUCGUCGGCCCGCCACUCCGACUGGCGCGUCCAGGUGGCCGUGAAACACUUGCACAUCCACACCCCGCUGCUCGACAGUGAAAGAAAUGAUGUCUUAAGAGAAGCUGAAAUUUUACACAAAGCUAGAUUUAGUUACAUUCUUCCAAUUCUGGGAAUUUGCAAUGAGCCUGAAUUUUUGGGAAUAGUUACUGAAUACAUGCCAAACGGAUCAUUAAAUGAACUCCUACAUAGGAAAACUGAGUAUCCUGAUGUUCCUUGGCCAUUGCGGUUUCGCAUCCUGCAUGAAAUUGCACUGGGAGUAAAUUACCUGCACAAUAUGAAUCCUCCUCUACUUCAUCAUGACUUGAAAACUCAAAAUAUCUUAUUAGAUAAUGAAUUUCAUGUAAAGAUUGCAGAUUUCGGUUUAUCAAAAUGGCGCAUGAUGUCCCUAUCACAAUCUCGAAGCAGCAAAUCAGCACCAGAAGGAGGGACAAUUAUCUAUAUGCCACCUGAAAACUAUGAACCUGGACAAAAGUCAAGGGCCAGUGUCAAGCAUGAUAUAUACAGCUUUGCAGUUAUCACAUGGGAAGUUUUAUCCAGAAAACAGCCUUUUGAAGAAGUCACCAAUCCUUUACAGAUUAUGUAUAGUGUGUCGCAGGGCCAUCGUCCUGACAUUAAUGAAGAACAUUUACCAUUUGAUAUACCUCACCGAGAGCUUAUGAUCUCUAUAAUAGAAAGUGGAUGGGCACAAAAUCCAGAUGAAAGACCAUCUUUCUUAAAAUGCUUAAUAGAAUUUGAACCAAUUCUGAGAACAUUUGAUGAGAUAACUUUUCUUGAAGCUGUUAUUCAACUAAAGAAAACUAAGCUGCAGAGUAAUGCAAGUACUGUUCUCCUAUGUAACAAGAAGGAAAUGGAUUUCUCUCUGAACAGUCCUGUUAAUCAUAGUCCACAGGAGGAAUCAUGUGGAUCCUCUCAACUCCAUAAAAGUAGUGGCUCUCCUAGAACCUCAAGGUCCUUAUCAACUCCUCAAGACAAUCAUUGUUUAUCUGGAAAACCUCAAGAUUAUUCAUUGCUAUAUCACCAGUCAGAAAAUCAUAGUUGGGAAAGUAACAUUUCUGAGGCUAAGACUACAUUCUGUGAUCACAAGACCACCCCAUGCUCAUCAGUGAUAACAAAUCUACUUUCAAUUGAGGAAUAUUCAGUGCGACUACAGCCAGGUGUAGCCCAACAGUGGAUCCAGAGUAAAAGGGAAGACAUUGUCAGCCAGAUGACUGAAGCCUGCCUUAACCAAUCACUGGAUGCCCUUCUGUCAAGGGAUUUGAUUAUGAAGGAGGACUAUGAACUUAUUAGUACCAAACCUACAAGGACCUCAAAAGUCAGACAAUUACUAGACACCUCUGACAUACAAGGAGAAGAAUUUGCCAAAGUUAUAGUACAAAAGCUGAAAGAUAACAAGCAAAUGGGUCUUCAACCUUACCCAGAAAUACUUGGGGUUUUGAGAUCAUCAAAUUCAAACUUAUUUCAAAAUAAAAGCCUGUAA